AGGCUUCCUCCCCUCCCCCCCUUCCCUUCCCCCUCCUCCUCCGAUCUGGUGCCCGUUGCUAUUCCGUCCAUCGACAGGAGGGAGGUUACGCCGAAAGUAGUUGAUGAGUCCAAUCUCGCUGAUGGAGUGGAAUGCAAAACCUCCUCUGCAGUGGGAAUGGGAGAAUCUUGUGAUGUUCAGUUCAAAAGCAACCGAAACCUCUAAGCCACUGCGAGCGACUGAUUGGGGAAUUGAGGCAGAGGAACUGAUCGACCCCGGAUCCUUAUUUCUGUAUGAGAAUGGUGGUGGCGGCGGCGGCAGCAGCAGUUGUACCAGCAUCGAUCCGGGUUACACUUCAGUGUCUAAGAGCUCGAAAUCAGCUUCUGUCAACUCUUCAUCCACAGAAGAAGUGAAAGUCUCGAAAUUCUCUGUGGAGGCACGUGACGGUUUUUCUCUGCAAAGUGGCAAGAAAGAUUUGGCAAUGAAUGAAUUUACCGGAAUGUCACCACCGGCGCUCGAGUCUUCAGUCUGCUCUGGUGAGCCAUUGCUCAGUCUAAAGCUCGGUAAAAGAAUCUAUUUUGAACAUACUAUUGACAAGGACCAUGGGAAGACCCCAGACCUUCCUUUGGUCAUGAAGUCACCUGAUACUCCAGCAAAGAGAAACAAGUCCAACUGUCAGGGUACAUCUGCCCCACGCUGCCAGGUUGAAGGCUGUAACCUUGACCUCUCCUCAGCUAAAGAUUACCACCGCAAGCAUAGAGUUUGUGAGAGUCACUCUAAAUGCCCUAAGGUCAUUGUCAAUGGUGUAGAGCGUCGGUUUUGUCAGCAAUGCAGCAGGUUUCAUGGGCUAUCUGACUUUGAUGAAAAGAAGCGUAGCUGUCGCAAGCGCCUAUCUGAUCACAAUGCAAGACGUCGCAAGCCCCAGCCAGAUGUGCCCCAGUUGAAUCCAGCUAGACUGUCUGCGCUAUUUUAUGGUGGGCUGCAGCAGUUGAAUCCAGUCUUGAGCAGAGCUCCAGCUGUCCACACCAGGUCUGCUGAUGGUUUGAAAUGGGCAGAUACACAGGCUACUAAGCUCAUAGAGAAAGGUCCGAAGCUUCCAAUAGUCGGGGGUGUUGGUGACUGUAUCACCAUCUCAAGCAAUGGGAUACAAAACACCCUCAAGCCCACUGGAUUGGGUAAAGGUUGUAACGAACUUCUAUCAUCAAAAGGCAUGCCAGUCAAAACUAUUGGCGGAGGUUUAGGGGAAUCUCUGGCAUCUCCCAAUUUGGACGCAUCGCAAAAUAUUCAACGUGCUCUCUCUCUUCUGUCAACCGAUUCUCAUGGUCCAAUCAGACAAAAACCCACAUCACAUGAGCAUUCUUUUCAUACAAAUAACAAUUGCGUGAGCGCGGAUCAGCCAGCGAUGUAUGCUUUUGGCCAAAGCUCUAGGCUGGCUUCAUCCGGAUACUGGCAUGCUGAACAGCGGCCAAAGCAAUCCCAAACAAACAUCUUGAAUCCUCACAAUGAGAGCAGCAUCAUCAACUUUGGCGGCAACGGUGUGCAAGAGUGCCUAUUCUCGGAGGCACGGCAUGAAUUUAGCUUCGAUUCUGUCCAACUGAACUAACUACAUGUGGGCAUUUGAAACUGCAUUUUCAGGUAAUUGUAGCAUGUUGUCAUCUUUCUUGUGCCAGCACAGAGUCAGUCAGCUCCAUUUUGACUUGGCGAUGGGGUGAAUAUAUACUUUGGAAGCUCCUGCGGCCAUCAAGCGACCUAAAUGCACCAAUUCCAUGAAACUUUGCGUAAAAAAGGGAAAAACAUCGCUAAGUUAACAUGUCUCGUACUCUCAGUUGUUUGCAAAUGUUGGAACUAGCUUACGCACUUUUUACUUGGAAAAGACUGUGCGAAUUGAAACUUGUCGUGUUUAUGCUUGCGCAUGGUGUAAAGUCUCAAUUUUGUACUUGUCGAA